UACAUGCCGGAUUGUCCAGGAGGCAGGAUCCCUUUCUUCAGAGACAUUCCUAAGAUUUCUUUACUUUUCUAGAGACUUAACCAUAAAGUUCUGAGUGUCUUUGGUUGUAUGACAUCUUAACUUGUGGUUUCAUGAUAUGGGACACUGUAUACAAAUAUUUUAAGAUGUGGUUGUGGAUUUUGAUUGGUCUUAACGUCGUCACAAAAGUGCAUGGGUACGCAAAUGGUUACUUCCCAGAUUCAUGUGGAAAUAUGUUCGUUAACCACAGGGGUAGAGAUGGGGUGCAAUAUGUACCUCAGAACACUGAACUGCCCUUUACGAUGACUUUAACCUACAGCCAAAAGGGAGACCCUAUCAAAGUGACUCUCAAAAGAAAACAAUCUGCAGAGUUCAAGGGGUUUAUGUUGGAGGCUUGGACGAACGGCACAGAACAUCCUGUUGGAAAUUUCAUCUUGCUUGAAUCUGAUAAGACUCGACUCCUGAAAUGCCAUAAUAUACCAGGCCAGGCUGUUUCUCAAAGAAACAAUCAAAGAAAGACUUUGAUUCAUGUUAACUGGACGGCAGGCGGACAAGACAUCACAGAUAUCAAUUUUAGAGUCACAUUUGUUGAGUCUUUCAGCAGAUUCUGGAAUAUGGUGAAUUUUAAUGUCACUUUACCUUCACCCACCACGCCCUCACCGAAUGACACAACGCCAAUGACUACAAUAAAAAAUACAACACCAGGUACUACAACAGAGAUUACAACGCCAAGUACUACAACAGAGACUACAACACCAGGUACUACAACAGAGACUACAACACCAGGUACUACAACAGAGACUACAAAGCCAAGUACUACAAGAGGUACUACAAUGCCAAGUACUGCCAUAAGUACUACAACAUCAAGUAGUACAAGUGAGGCUGAUUCUAAUACUAUAAAUCUAACUACUGCAGAACCAAGCACGACCACUCAAAGGCCCGGACUUUUAGACCUAUUUAAGGGAGUAGGUACUUCGGUGAUGAAUUUCAGAAGCGUGCUGGUGCUACUCAGAAUGGAACUACCUACUAUAUUAAUGACCAUGACCACCCUCGUUAACAGCCUCUGUUCUCAUCCAAAUAAGGGAUUAAAGAUAUCAUGCUGUCUGCUUUGUGCAGCAAUUGAGAUAUCAGCCCUGGUCUUGUUUUGUUUGGCUGAGCCCAUUAAAGUCAUUCUCCUUGUUCUUGUGUGUGUGACGAUAGUAAUAAAUUUCGUGGAGCUGGUAAUCGUCUGUCUGCCAAUUGGACCCAGUCAUGAACUGAAGGAGAUCUCAGACAUUACAGUCGAAGGGUGCUCUGUCAUCCAUAGCAUUUUUACAAUUGCUGUCAUCAUUGUUAGUGUUUUGGACAAUGACAGCUGUGGAAAGAAGAGGAAAGAUUCCUGGCUUGUGAAAGUGACGAUCGCCUUCACAGUGUGGAUGGUCCUGUUUGUAAUUUGGGUUAUCAUAAGAUGUAUUCUCAGAAACACAAUACUGGGAAGAAACAAAACAGGGAGUCUAAAAAGCAGUGAGAGCUGGAAGCGACAAAGAAAAAAGAAGAAGCCCAGUGCAGCCGAAAAGAUUUUUUCUGCUGCUUCCGCCCUCUUCUUCUUUGGAGCCACAUGUUUCGCUGUCGCUGUCACUGUCGGGAUAUUUUGGUGUCAGGAAAAGUAGGCCUGUGCAUGAAGGUGUGCUGGUACUUUGUUUGCAUGUAAGUUAUAGUUGUUUAUCAGUUUCAUGUAGUUUUUGUAUUUUGUAUUUUUAAGUUAUUCAUAAAUAUGAAUUUAAUUAAAAUCACAGAUUCCUUACUGCAGUUUGCACACUUGUAUGCAUGCACAUGCUUAAAAGGGCAUACUUUUAUUUUUAUAUGAGUAGUUGUGUUUGACACUUGUUGCACUAUUCUCUGUACUCUGUUGUUUAUUCAUUUACUGAUGCAAUGACCUGAAAAUUCCCCCUCUGUUGGGAUAAAUAUCUGUCUAACUUUAACUAAAUAGCAGCUUCUUUAAAGUCAUUAAAAUUCAAGGGUGUAGGUUUUGUUUCAACAUUUGGGGGACACAUAUGGAACGGGGGAUUUGGAGGUUGUCCCCCAGCAAAUUUUAAGCAAGUUAUACGAUUUUGAAACUUAAUUUCCUGCAUUCUGGUAAUUUUUUUGUGCACGUGAAUAUUUUCUGCAUCAAUUUAUGAUGGAAAUGUCUUUGAUUUCUUCAAAACAAAAGCCCUCUGCUUUCAUGUCUUUGGGGGCUACAAAUGUCUAUAUUCUAAAUAUUGUAGCGUGAUGUGUCCCCUGCAUCUCCCCCAGAAUGUACACCUGUGACAAAAUGUAUGUUAAUGUAAAACUGUGUUUGCCUGUUUGGUACCUCGUGAGCUGUAAAUAAAACACAUGUUGAUGAUUCCAAUCAAACAUUAUCAAUAAAGCUACAUAUUUUUGCUGGAC